AUGUCGACGCUACUGUCCCUGCCUGGACUCAUCAACCUAGGUCUCUCGCUCCUCAUCCCGCCGCUCGGUGUGCUCCUGCUCAUCCCACUCGCCGUCGUGCUGAACGUGUACCACUGGGCAACUCUCGCCGCGCGCUGGCUGCUGCUGCGUGCGCCGUCACCCGCGCUCUCCUGGCGCUACUCCUCGCGCGAUAAGGUUGUUGUCAUCACCGGAGCAUCGUCAGGCAUUGGUGAGGUUGUCGUCAUCACUGGCGCAUCAUCAGGCAUUGGAGAGUAUAUGGCGCGUGAGUAUGCGCGCAAGGGCGCGGCGCUGGUGCUGGCGGCGCGCAGGGAGCACCGCCUGCGCGCCGUCGCAGAGGAGUGCAUGCGCCUGGGCGCUGCUGACGUGGCGGUGCAGCGCGCUGACAUGUCCACGGAGGAAGGGUGCCACGCGGUGGUCAACGCUGCCGUGGAGCACUACGGGCGAAUCAACGUGCUGGUGUGCAAUGCAGGCACGGCGCACCCGGGGCUGUUUGAGGACUCGCAGGACCCCACCACCUCCCGAAGCAGCAUGGACAUAGACUUCUGGGGCAACGUGUGGCCGACGGUGUUUGCGAUGCCGUACCUGCGCAGGAGCCACGGGCAGGUGGUGGUGACGGCGUCAGUGGCAGCUUACCUCACGUACCCGCGCCAGUCCAUGUACAAUGCUGCCAAGGCGGCCAUAGUGCAGUUCUACGCCACGCUGCGAGCGGAGGUGCAUCCGGAGGAGCUGGCCAUCACCGUCGCCAUGCCUGGCUUCGUGCACUCCGAACUCACCUCCCGCGCCGACGCCUCUACGCACAUCCCCUGGUGGUGGCCCAUGCUCUCCACCCCCGAGGCCGCGCGCAUCAUCGUGCGCACCGCGGAGCUGCGUCAGCGCCACGUCAUUGUGCCCUUCUGGUACAGCGCGUGGCUGCUGUACCGCCUGUUCGCCGCGCAGGUCAUGGACUGGUCGCAGCGCGUCAUGCUGCUGGGGCGCGCGCCGUCGCGGUUCGUGAAGGGCGCGCUGGCGGCGGCGGUGGGGGAAGAAGGGGCGGAGUGGCUGUUCCGCAGUGUGGCCGCGAUGCCCGUGAAGGGGAAGGGCAAGGUGGAAUGA